ACUUGUUCAGUAAAUUGGACUGUUAGAGGAGCCGGCUCCGCUCCUUCCAUUCCCCUCCCCAGUCCCCACGCCGGCCAUCUCCCCGUCGCAGCGGCCGGACUGAUCCGUCGCCCUCUAGGGUUUUGGCUCUUCUCCUCACCGAUUCGCGCUCAAGGGCGCUGCUCCGGCCCGCCGCCGGCUGCUGCUACGGGUUCUGCGGCGGCCAGCCCCCGUUGUGUUGGGAGCCAGCUAAGGUAUCCUGCUCGCCGCAUUGGGUGCCACACGCAUCGCGAUGGUGCCCAACGGGCUCCUGCCCAAUGCGUCGGCGGGGGUGACCAGGCGCCUCGACCCCGACCGGUGGGCCGUCGCCGAGUCCCGGGCCGCCGAGCUGAUCGCGCGCAUCCAGCCAAACGCCUACUCCCAGGGCCGGAGGCAUGCUGUCUACAACUACGUACAGCGCAUUAUCAGGAACUGCCUCUCCUGUCAGGUUUUUACUUUCGGAUCAGGCCCUCUGAAGACUUACUUACCGGAUGGUGAUAUCGAUGUCACUCUUUUCACUAAUAGUGAAGAAUUAAAGGAUACCUGGGCGAAUCUGGUUCGGGAUGCUUUGGAGCAUGAAGAGAAAAAUAAAACUGCUGAAUUGUGUGUAAAAGAAGUUCAGUAUAUUCAGGCGGAGGUAAAGCUUAUCAAGUGUCUCGUGGACAACAUUGUUGUUGAUAUCUCAUUUAAUCAAGUUGGUGGAUUGUGUACACUUAGUUUCCUUGAACAGGUUGAUAACUUGAUCAAUAAAAAACAUUUAUUCAAGCGGAGUAUCAUAUUGGUUAAGGCAUGGUGUUUUUACGAGAGUCGUGUUCUUGGAGCUCACCAUGGUCUUAUAUCUACUUAUGCAUUGGAGACUCUGGUUCUGUACAUUUUUCACGUGUUCAACAACUGUUUUACGGGACCACUUGAGGUAUUAUACCGUUUCUUAGAAUUCUUUAGCAACUUUGAUUGGGAGAAAUUUUGUUUGAGUUUGUGGGGCCCAGUUCCUAUAAAUUCACUUCCAGAUAUGGCUGCGGACUCCCCACGGAUGGACACUGAUGACUUGUUGCUGAGCAAGGCCUUCCUAGACAGAUGCAGCCAGCAGUAUGGAGUUGCGGCUCGCACCCUGGAAAACCAGGGUCAACCAUUUGUUUCAAAGCACUUCAAUGUUAUUGAUCCAUUACGAACAAACAAGAACCUUGGAAGAAGUGUCAGUAAAGGCAAUUACUUGAGAAUACGCAGUGCCUUCUCUUUUGGGGCAAAAAGGCUGGCAAAGUUACUUGAAUGUCCAAACGAAGAUCUAGUUGCUGAAGUAAAUCAGUUCUUUAUAAAUACAUUAACAAGACAUGGGAGUGGUAAUCCUCCUGAUGCCUCUACACCAAAUCUAUCUCCUGAACAUGCCCUGCAGGCUGUCUCUGCUGAAGCGUCAAACAUCCACGAAAGUGCAACAAGGACCAAUAAUAAGAUUGAAAAAUCUGAACUUCAAGCUAGUCAGUAAAAUUUCACUGAAGGUUCUCACAGGUCACAUCCUCCGUCAGUCUGCUAGGGCUCCUACCUCAGUUAAUUAUUGCCAGUUGCUUCGUGUUCUUCGCUCUGUUACAAGCUAUUGUCUUUUUCUUGGCACUUCUUUCAUUAUGUGGAACUCUAAGAAAGGAGCAACAAUGUCUUGUUCUAAUGCUGAGCCCGAGCUUCGAGCACUUGCUACUACUAGUACAUAAGAGAUGGUCUGACUUCUUUGGUA